AUGGCCGUGCACCGUAACAGUCGGGCAAGAUCCAGUCGCCGUGCAUCAUCAAGAAGGGCGAGAAGGAGUCGCGCAAGGUCAGAGACAUCUCGGUCGAGAAGCCCGCGGCACCAAGCAUGCACGCCUCCAACCCCGCCUAUGACAACAAGAUGUCCGCCUAGAACCCCAUCUAGAGCCCCUAAAAGAAAAGCAGGCACGGAGAUGAGCCCAGGCGGAGGCCAGAAGGUCCGGAAGACUGUGAGGCAAUCCGAGUCCGAGCUGGAGAAGUCCAGCCGAGGCAUCCUCAUGUACUGGCGGCCUGCAAAUUCUGUCACUGAAGAUCAGUUGGCCAUAGCGUACUUGAACAAGUUGAAGAAAGAACAAGUUUUGAAAGGUCCAAAUCUGACUAAUGGCGUCCUGCGUGUGGGAGAUGAUGUGGAAGUGAAGGACAAUGUCUUGACUCGGCUGGAGAAUUGCCAGGACACAAAGAAGUUACAUGCUGGAGACGAUGUGUGGAUAUAUGACUUGAAAGUCAGCCGAGAAGGAUUCAAAUUCCCUUUGCGUGGAAAGCUCCUCAAUUGUCCGACUGGCACGCCCCUCUCUUCAGAAGUGAAGAAGGCGCAUGGCGGAUCACCUGGCACAGUCGUGGUCAAUGCAACGUUCAGUCCGUUGCCCAAAGUGGUCAAUGCUACGUUCAGUCCGUUGACUAAAGCAGACAAGGUUACAGAAAGCCAUGUGAUGGUCAGCGUACGCGCUGUUCGGAAGGCCGAAGAGCAAGAGACGGCAAGCCCGAAGCUCGAGAAGAGUUCGGAAUACAUGCGAGAGCUGGAGCAGGCUUUCUCAGGCAUGGAAAACCAGACGCAUGAGCUUUUCGGCGACAUAGUGAAUUAUCUGAAACACUUGCCCGCACGGGAUGUUGGCGGCAAAAGCCUGAAGCUGUACGAGCUGCUGUUUUGCUGCAGAAGCAGGCAACUACAAAGUUUGUGCACUGACUUGUUGCAGGCCUCUCAUUUGAAGAGAUCACCGGUCAAGUUCAUUGUGGCACCUACACACAGUGGCAAGACAGCUUGCAUCUUGCCUGCUUUUCUACAGAUGCGACGGGACAGGUCCAUGACCCACUACAUAUAUCUGCCUUUUCACAAUUGCGACCUUCAUCACGAGCCACCCAUCAUUCCAGAGGGGAUGUUCAACAACAUGAGCCCCUCCGAUGUUGAGGAAAUUGGCUUUGCCUACCUGAUUCACUGCUUGCGAUGCACGUUAGCCUCAACAUGUGCACGGACGCAUCUUCGCUUUGAUGCCAGAUCUGCGCGAUGGCGCCAACUGAUCUGUGAUCGCAGCAAUGUGACCUAUGCAGACCAACUCAGAAAGGAUUAUGCGCAAUUGAUCCAGGGUAUAUUGGGGAAUCGUGGGGUUAAGCUUCUGCUUCAUGUCGAUGAGCAUGGCAAAAUGGAGAAGAACCCAGUUUUUCGAAGAGGCGCCCUUGUGAGGGCAGCGAAGAAUGAAAGAGUUGCUGUGAUCGCCACGUUUACUGAAAUGCCGCCUGCGCUUAACGUGAACAGCGAAUCCUCAGAGUGGUGUGGUGUCCCGUGCACACUGCCCCGGCCGGACAUGGAGAUGCUCACAUCAAAGGAGUUUCAAGGCUACCCAAACAGGCAGCACAAUCCCCUGCUGGUGCCACCUGACAUUUUGGAGAGCAAGAACAAUGAAGUCAAGCGCUAUUUGGCAUCACUAAGGAUUUCAUUGGGAAUAGCGCUGGAAGGAGAUGGCUCGCCGCCAAAGGAUGCUUUCUUUCUCGAGCCAUCUUGCAGCUGGCACCUGGGUGUGCCAGCGGAUGGGCAGCUUUUCCACCAAGGCAGCCGCCUUCCGAGCUUCUUGCACCUGCACAACGCCCACUGCCUGGGCCUUCUUCCCAUGCGUUUCGGGCUUGCCCCUCUCUUUUGUGCCCUGCUUGCGCUUCCUGCUUCCUACGGCAUGUCCUCUUCCGAGCAGACAGGGGAUGAUACAGCAUGUGCAUCUUCGUCUUCAUUAAGUGCUCAUGUUCGCAAUUGCUGGCUGUCAAACACCUCGAGUGCUUUCACCAUGCCGUGGGACCGUCGGAUGGAGCCGAUCUGGGAGUCCAAUAAAAGGUUCAAGGUUCAGAUCAAAGGUGCAUUAUUGCCUCCCAUUCCGCUGGAAGCCCCACCUCUUGAGCCAUCUUUGCGCACUCCUGACACACGCCCCGCCCUCGAUGCCUUUUCGGAGGCAGCUUGCAAGAAGUGGGUGGCCAUCAUAGCUGUAUGCCCUUCUGUUUGGCAGAUAGUCCAGUUUGGUUUCGGUGCACCCGCUUUGCGAUAUGCACAAGGCGGCCUUGUUGAGCAUGUGAAAGAUGCCCUCGCCUCAAGGGCCACGAGCACCCUGCACACCCGGGCUGGCCCUAUGCUCAGAUACAUUCAAUUUUCGCUGCAAGAGGGUCUGACGCCCUUCCCUGUCACCGAGCCCUUGAUCUAUAACUACGUUAAGGCCAUGACAUCAGCGGCCCCCACGUAUCCCAAGUCUUUCUUGAUCGCACUAAGCUUUGCAGGCCAUGUCCUGGGACUGAAGGGAGUGUCUGAGGUCUUGACAUCGGGGAGGAUCAGCGGGGCAGCUGACUCCCACUACAUCAACCGUGCUAAGGUGCGCCAGAGGCCACCGCUGACCGUUGUUCAGGUCCUGUUGCUCGAGGAGAUAGUCGCCGACCCUCGUCGGCUCCCCUACGGUCGGUUGCGGUUCAGCGAUGCCCAGAAUGUGACGUGCCUGCAGCUGGAUGAGAUCGCCUGCAACGGCGACCCUCGAGGUUUCCUUGAAUGUUUGGCCGAACGGACUAAGGUCAGCUUGGCUCGCAAGGUCAGGGCACUCCCCAUCGUCAUCCCGCUGCUGUGUCUGGGCGAGGCCCCUUGGAUUCCCGUCUGGCUUGAGGUGCGAAAGAGCGAGGGGCUCUUCUCGGAGGGACACGUGGCUGGUCGACGCAUCCCAUUGGAGUUGGAUCGAUCCUCCAUCUCCUGCCACAGUGACCCUCGAGUGACAUGCUGUGACGCCUAUGCAGAGCUCUGCUCUUGUGGCUAUGGCACCAUGGGCUCAGCUGAGUUGACUCAGAAGCAUACUCAAAUCAGGCAACUCUCGUCCUUCUGCAUUCUGGCUUUCUCCUCCUUCAUCUUAUCUGCUGGCAUCUCUUUAAUCUCCUGGAACUGA